AUGCUCAAGUUGGUGCUCUGUUUUGUUCUACUCGCCGCCGGCGCAGGAUGGGCCUUUAACCACGGCCAGGAUUUAGCCGAUUUCGAAGCAUAUGUGGCCAAAUAUUCAAAGACCUACCCGACCGCAUCGGCGAGGUCCUUUGCCAACUACUACUUCGUCUAUAACCGCAACCAAGUGACGCAGAACAAUGCCCAGGCGGACAGGAAUCGCACCACCUACCGCGAGGCGGUGAACCAAUUCUCAGACAUACGCCUGGUCCAGUUCGCUGCACUGCUGCCCAAGGCCGUGUACCCCACCGUCUCGAAUGCAGUGCCUCCUGUAGCCACGCAGGCGCCGGCGGCCGAGUACGACAUCGUCGCGGACCUGGGCAUGACCAUUACGGUGGAGGACCAGGGCGUGAACUGCAGCAGCAGCUGGGCCUAUGCCGCGGCCAAGGCCGUGGAGAUCAUGAAUGCCGUUGGAUCUGGAAAUCUCUCCCCCCAAUCGCUGUCCGCUCAGCAGCUGAUCGACUGCGCUGGCAUGGGCGCCGGCUGCAGCACGCAGGCCCCGCAGUCGGCCUUCGACUACCUCACCCAGUACUCGCUUCUGUAUCCAUCCGAGGACUAUCCAAACACGCCAGCUCUCAAGCAGCAGGGGAUGUGCCUGCCAGCCCCGUCGGUGGGGGUGGGCGUCCAGCUGACCAGCUACUCGGUCCUGGCCGACGGCGACGAUACUGCCCUCAUGCGUUACGUGUCCAACGACAUACCCGUAGUGGUGGACUACAAUCCGGCGACCUUCGGCUUCAUGCAGUACUCGAGCGGUGUCUACCAGCCGCCCACGCGACCCGCCACGGCCGCCAGUUCUCAGUUCCUGGUGGUGGUGGGCUACGGCUUCGAUGCCGCCACCAAUCUGAACUACUGGAAGUGCCUCAACUCAUUCGGCACGGGAUGGGGCGAGCAGGGCUACAUCAGGAUCGUGCGCAGCGCCAGCCAGCCGAUCACCAAGAAUGCCAUUUUUCCCAACUCGUAACUCGUCUCUCGUAACACGUUACGGUGGGUUGCCAGUUGAUUCAGUUAAUAAUCGACGUAGAUAACGAAAUAAAGUUGAAUUUAAGAGCCAA